GUUGUGAGUGGAUGUGUGUCCAUGUGUGAUUUUGUGCUUGUGCAUAUUUUUUUUGCACAUGAAUAUGUGAAUAUGUCUGCAUGUAUGUAUAUAUGCGUCGCUGUAUAUUUAAAACGGUCGUAAUGUGGUCACAGUUUUGUGGUUAGUGUGUAAAUCAAAAGCCAAUAAUUUGUAUAUUUUUUCAUCAAUUUAUAAGUAAUUCAACGACAACGAACGUUAGACCAUUAUUAACUUCCACUUUUUACGGUUUGCUUUCAAAUAAUUUCAGUUUGAAUUUUACCGAAUGCAGAUCACUGCAUUGAAAUCGUGAUGCAUUUUUUACGUUGUUUUCACAUCUGUCCGUUAAAAUAAUGAAAGGAAGGAAUGAAAUAGAAGUACCUGAUUAUUAUUCAUUUUAUGCACACGUUAGUUGACCGUUGUAAGAAGAUUGUAGAGUAACUUCCAACAGGAAGAGAGUAAAAAAAAAAGAAAAAAAGAAAAAAAAAACAAGAUAGAUAUACAUACAUAUGUGUAUUUUUUUCAAAUUAACGGGAUGAUUGAAUAACAAUGAUAAAUGUUAAAAGAUUUGCGAAUGAAAAUAUAGAGAGGAAAUAAAUUCGAAUCAAGUAAUUAAUGCAUAUGAGAGCGAAGACAACAGAUGAAAUUUGAAUAGACAGAACGAAACAAAUAUGGACGUAGAAAGGAAAAAAGAAAUAUUGUAUAUACAAAAAACAAAGCGACAUAACCUGUUAGUCAAAAUAAAAAAGAAGUAGAAAGAAAAGAGAAAUUAGCAAAACUAAUAAUUCUGUUGGCAAUAAGGGAAAAAGCAGGUAGAAGUUACAAGGUAUUAAAAACAUUUUUAAAAAGCAGAUUGUAAAGAUGCUUAGCCGAACGAUUGGAGAGUUCAGAAAAUAAAAGUAGCGAAAAAAAUAAACCUUUUCACUAUAUACUAAACGAAAAGGGACACAGCCUCACUUUAAAGAAUCACGACGAAGAUAUUGAGUACAGGACAAAGCCAGGAUUACAAAGACAACGACAUAGAACGAAAAAGAUAGGAAAAAUAUUUACACAACCAAAAAGUACACGCACAAGCAUAAAGAAAUCAAAUCCACCUUUAAAGGUCACAACCUAAAAGAAAAAGAAAAGCUAUAAAAAAUAAUAUCCUAAAAAAAAAAAAAAAAAAAAAAAGCGACGGCGAGAUUGCAAAGGUGUACCGCCUCGGUGUGCAACAAACAUGGCGGGCGAGAGCGACACUUGUUGACGGGCAGGAUCGCGUCUCGGCCUCCUGCUCGCCCUCUGACCCCGUGACCUGCUGGGAUGAUGUGACCUCGGGGUGGCCACAGGUUCCAAGAUGAGUGGGCUACGCCGGCUCCGCGUAGCGGAGCUCCAUCCAAAUCUCCUCUGCAUUCUCUGUGGAGGAUAUUAUGUGGAUGCAACCACCAUCGUCGAGUGCCUCCAUUCUUUUUGCAAGACCUGCAUUGUACGGUACCUGGAAUCAAGCAAAUUUUGUCCCAUUUGCGACGUCCAAGUCCACAAGACGAAACCUCUGCUGAGCAUCAGACCAGACAAAACCCUGCAAGAUAUAGUUUAUAAAUUGGUCCCCGGCCUGUACCAAAACGAGAUGUGCCGACGGAGAGAGUUCUACACUGGCCACCCAGAGACACAGCCCAUGAGCCAAGAGGACGGGGGCAGUGACGUCGGCAGAUGGUACAUCCUCCCGGAUGACCCUGUUUCCCUGGCGCUCUGUCCUGCCCCCCCAAUACUCAGCCCAACCCCCCCAUCACACCCCAACAAUCAUGGUUGCUUGACAGAUGGCACUGGGGUGACAAGGGGAGAGGCCAUGCCACGAUUGUCUGAAGUUACUAAGGUUCGUGGUAGUCACAUGCGCUACCUACAGUGCCCGGCGGGAGUAAGCGUGGCCCAGCUAAAGCGACUCCUGAGGGCCAAGUUUGGGGUGGGGCCCUCUCACCCCAUGGCCCUCCUCACGGGCUCUUCCGACGACCCUCUCAAUGACACCCUGACGCUGGUUGACGUGGCGUACAUUACAUCAUGGCAGCGGACUGAGCCCUUACAACUGCUGUACCGAAUAUACGAGAGAGCAAGCAAGAAAAUCAAACUGGACCCCGACACUUUCUGCAAGGAUUCUGGAAGCCUGUCUGAAGACAUGCCCAAGCUGGAGCCCAAUGUAGGAACGGAUGUGGCUAGUAUUACCUGCGGUUCCUCUGACUCAGCAGGCAAUUUGACAGACUUCCGGUGUGCCCCAUUGUUGCAGGCAGUGGGGGUGCUGGGUUACCCUCUGCCUCUCAAAAGUGAGCCUCCCCCUGAAGCUCCAGCACCGUUGUCAUAUGUUGACAUGGCCUCGGAGGUGGCCCUGCAGAAUGAGGGCCCCCGGCUAAAUGCGGCUGUCAAGCAGGAAGAUGCGCUGACUGCUAAACCAAUGGAAAUGCUGGCCAGUGAGAAGGAAAGUCCUUUGCAAGGAGUGACCAAUUCAGUGAGUGAAAUGAUACAGGGUAAUAGUGAGGUUAGUGGUAAUGAUGCAAGCAAAGGGCACAGCAUGCUCCAUCCCAGUGAUAGUGUAGGAGGUGGAGCACUGGUGACAUACACACCAGGUUUUCCUGCACCCAGCAAUGGUGUCAAUGUAGAAAUUGCAUUUGUGCCAGCAGAAAUGGCAUGUGUGGCCCCAGCAGCGGUCCCUUGUGCAAUAGUCCCCAGUGAGGGCUGCAUUCCAGUGAGUGAGAACUGCAUUUCCGAAGGUGUUGAGGUACCUGUAGGGGCAAGCAAUUCCAACACACAGACGCAAAAGCAUGCCAAUGGGAGUGUGGGAGGGGCUGGUGUGCCCAAUAUUUGGGGUGGAUUGGGACCUAAGAAGGAAACUGAGGCAGGAACUAGUGAUGUGAUAGUGCCUAAGGAGAGCAAGGAAGAGAGAGAAAAGAAGAAAAAGAAAAAGGACAUGGAGGAGGAAGGAAAGGAGGUGCAACUCAAGAUAAGUGAGUCGGGGGUGAUGAGUGUGUGUGGGCAGGACACCACAGUAGAGGGUGUCAUCAACUCAUUACAGACAGAAGCUUGUGAACUCUUAUCAAAGAUAGAAAGUGGGUCUCUGGGUGAGGACUUCCCAGUGAAAGAUGUGGUCAGAGACCAGAAGUCCUCUAGUGAUUCUAGUGCUGAGAGUAAAAAGAUGAAAUUAAAGGAGGCUCAGAGAGCAGGUGAGGAGAAAUGUCCAGUGAGUAAUGAGAAGGUGAAUGUAGACUGUGCAAGAGAGGCAGGAGAAAAGAGAAUAUCCCCAAGCCAAGAAGCUGUGCCUGAUUUUAAUCACAAAGGCUUGAGUGGGGCCAACAAGGAUGCAAGGGAAGCAAGAUCUUGUGACAAGUUGAGAAUAGAUGGCAGUGCAGAAGUGGGGCCAAAGGUGAAGCCUGCGACUGAGACUCGGGAGAAGGCAUCAGACAGGAGGUCCUCAGAUGUCAGAAGAUCUGUUGAGCAGCAGCAACCAAACAGUGUGAAGGAAAACAGUGGGAAUGGCAAGGAUAGUCGCUCAAGCCACAUACCAGCCAGCCUGACAGCUGCAAGUCUAGCCAACCUCAACAAACCACACUUGAAGGCAGGAACAUCAAAAGCUCAGAUAGAAGAAGACACCAAAACCAAGGAGAAACCAAGUAACAAUGGCCUCAACACCAAAAGGGAGGGCAAGCAGGAGUCAGCAGCUAAGGCCCCAGUUGGAGGCUGUCGUAAGUCGUCGCAGCCAUAUGGCUAUAAGACGCUCAAGACACCACCCAAGAGCUGGAACCCAACCAUCUCUAGAGAGCUCUUGGUGGCUGGCAAGUCUGCCAUCAACAAGGGCAACCAUGAAGCCCCCCGUACAAACAAGAUAUUCAAAGUUCGCAAUGCUCCUCGCUUCCUGGGCAACCCUAACACUGGAGUCAGACCUUUGUACUCUGGAACCAAUGAGAGUAACAGCUGUAUGAAGCGCACCCUCAUGUCCAAACUGGAUCCCAAAGUUGCGGGGCCCAUGACAGUGACAGCAAACAAUGAUGUGAGUGUGUCAAGCUAUAUGUCGGCAACCUCAGGCACCACUUCCUGUGUGUCUUCCGUUCAAUCGCUGGCCUCUUCACCAGCCCAGGUAACUGCAAGUCCAGGAGCGGCACUCAUGGUCACAGCAACCACCAGCCAGGUGACAUCUUGUGCUCCACAGAGCAACAGUUGUACAACAGUAGUGGGAAGCCAAAGUGGAGGGUCUGAGGCAGACAACACUGUGGUCACCAGUACCAAAGCUUCCUCUACCUUGCCUGCGUCAAUAGCAAGUGGGACAAAGGAAAGUACAAAUCAAAGUUCAAAAGUCUGUUUUAAUACUAAUAGUUUGGCAGAGAAUAAGUCUGAGAGUAAGGCUACCCAUCACAACAGUGGUAAGACUGUCACAAACAACAAACCCCCAAGCAACAUCAACAAUUCAGCAAACAAAUCUGAGAAGAAGGCUCAGCAGAUUUCACACAGCAACAACUCCAAGCCAGAAGUUAGUGUGGAAAGCGGAACCACAAAGGCGGAUGUGAAAGUCAAUUCGAGUAGUGCAGUCAUACCAACACGGACCACAAUUACACACCCUGUCUCCAAUGCUCCUGUUAUGAUGCAGCAAAAAACUGGGGCUUCAACCAGCAUAACCACAUGUAUCACGCAGGUGAAACCAGCGACUGUCAACUCUUUGACAAUUUCCAAUACAGUCCACCAGCCUCAGCAGCAUCUAGCCAUGGCAGCACCAGCACUUGGGGUAGGCAUUAUCCCCUCUUGUGGGGUGACUUUCCCAGCAGCCAUUGGCAACUUGCCCUUGCCUUGCCACACUAGCUCUUCCAUCAGUUAUCCAACAUAUCCGUACAUCUACCAAGGCGCAGAACCCAUCAGUCUUAUUCCGCCUCAUCCCUCUGCUUCUUUCAUACCAACAUUCCCCACCUGCCUCCCGCAUCGGCCAGCUCUGGGCUCAAGGGGUAUAGGAGGAGCCAAAAUCAUGCCAGAGCUGUCCCUGCAACAGAGCCUUCUUCCAGUGCUACCUUUGGUGUCACAGGUAUCCCCCCAAACACUCUCACCUCGCCCCAUGACUCCACCUUCCCCCAGGACGCCCACUUCAUCGCAGUCUCCCAGGCCAUAUCCAGCCCAAUCUCCCAGACAGUCUAGUACCAAUCAGUCCAGACCUGUCACACCACAGUCCCCAAAGCAAUGCCAGGUGGGGAAGGCAGAAAUGCAACCUGGAAAAAACAAUGGAACACCUUCGAUGGCUGGGACCCAGUCAAUGAAGAUGGGGAAUAUACCUGUUCAAACCACACAGCCUAUCUGGCCCGGCAAUUGUCCUAAGCAGGUGACUGGGCCUGGCCAGGUGUUUGCAUCGACUCAACCAAGCCCUCAGUCCCCAGGUCCUCCACCUUCCACCAUUGCCGCCAUGAACACAUCACUCAGACUGAAUGCUUCUGUACAAACAUCAAGCUCUCAUACCUUAAUCACUCCAAAGACUCAGUGGAGCUCUGUUAAUUCUUCUAAACCUGUUGUGCCUCAGUCCUCAAAAGCUCUGAUGAUCAGUCUGCCAGGACUAUCUAAUGCCCAUGGAGUGCAGACGACCAUAUCAGAUACAAACCGACCACAUACUCCACAGUCCCCAAAGUCCCCUCGACCCCAAACCCCCCAGUCUCCAAGGCUCUCAAGUUCUGCUCAGUGCACAGUGCCACAGGGAGUAGCCAAGCUAACCAGUGCUGUUGAAUCCCCCAGACCUCAUACCCCUCACUCCAGGUGUUUACCCAACCUGCCACGCUCACCCUCACAAGCUAAGAAUGGUGGAAACAAGGAAAAGGCUCACCCUUCUGAAGGGCAACCAGGCAACAAGAGGAAUGAAGGGGUUGCUAUUGAGGCUGUAGUGAGUUCUAGCCCAAACCCUCCUGUGAUAACACCAUCCAUUACCCUUGCUCCAGCUGGGACUACUGUGACAUCUGGAGCAGUGACUCCCUCUUUAGCUAAUUCGUUAGGAAACAAAUUCAUCCUCCCUCAAGGAGCACAAAUGGCACUCCCUCUCCCAACAAGUUUUGCAUCUCUGUACCUUGAGGGUGUCACAAAUGCUCUACCAGUCUCACUGGCCAGUCCAGGAAUGUCUGCAGACUUGUCAGGUGUGACCCUGACUCCGUCAUGUAAUACGUCCCUCUAUAUUCCCUCGAGUAACAUUUCAAGUACGAUGCCAUUCAUACCAUUUAGUAAUUCAACCCAGUUCCCCAUACCUACAUGUGCCACAGUCUCUGUUUCUCAGCCCUUUUGUCCAACAAACACCACAGUAUCCCCCAAUUUACACCAUGCUCACACAAAAAUGCCUGCAGUUCCCAUUAAUAAUACACAGCCUUCAAAACCAAGUGGUUCAAGCAGACUCUCACACAAAAAUAACAAGCCUGAAACAUUUAUCAGUCUCCAAGUUGCAUGCAGCUAUGGCAAUGUCCUCAUAGCUUCAUUCAAAGCUGGCUCGGCACAAGUUGUCACAGCCUCAUCACAGUCUUCACCUCUCAUGGGAAUCCAGGCAAGCCACACCUCAUUUGCAAUUGUGCAGCUCUGCAGCUUCUAUAACUCUGUCACAUAG